AUGGCGCUAUUGGCUUUUCCAACCUUUUCAAGAUGGCACAAUUUCCCAAUGGAAGGACGGCACACCGUCGGUGGACUGAUGAACCGACUACUGGAGGAUUUCGAAGACUCCAUGCAACCAUUUUGGGAGUGUGCCACUGCGGGUGAAAAUUCACUCGGUGAGAUUAUCGAUGAGAAGGAGAAUUUCGGUAUUCAGCUGGAUGUCAGGAAUUUCCGACCGGAAGAAUUGUCGGUGAAGAUGCAGGAUGGGAGACUGCUUGUUGAAGGACAUCACGAGGAGCGAAAUGAUCGGCAUGGUUCUGUGGAACAACACUUUAUUCGGAAAUACACCAUGCCAAAGAACGUACUGCAAGACAGUUUGGAAUCGCAUUUGUCCGAUCAAGGAAUCCUCCGAAUCACUGCCAAGAAGAAAGCUGUCGAGAAUUCGCAAUUUAAAAAUAUUCCAAUCCAAUUCAAAAGUGACAAACAAUAA